GCCGCCGCCGCCCCGCCCCCGCCGCAGCCCGACAAGAUGGCGGCGGGUGGGAGCGGCGGGCGCGCGUCGUGCCCGCCGGGGGUCGGCCCGGGCGCGGGGGUCGGCCCCGGGCCCAGCGCCAACGCCGCCCCGGCCCCCGGCAACGCGGCCGCCGCCGCCGCCGCCGGUCCGGGCCCCGCCGCCCCCGGGCCUCCUCCGGCCGGAGCGGGGCCGGCGCCUGGGCCGGGCGCGCAGGCCGCGGCGGGCGGGGAGCGCGCGGAGGAGCCGGGGCCCGGGGCGCUGCUGCGCGAGCCCGUCUACAACUGGCAGGCCACCAAGCCCACGGUGAAGGAGCGCUUCGCCUUCCUCUUCAACAACGAGGUGCUGUGCGACGUGCACUUCCUGGUGGGCAAGGGGCUCAGCUCGCAGCGCAUCCCGGCGCACAGGUUCGUGCUGGCCGUGGGCAGCGCCGUCUUCGACGCCAUGUUCAAUGGUGGAAUGGCCACCACGUCGACCGAGAUCGAGCUGCCCGACGUGGAACCUGCUGCCUUCCUGGCGCUGCUCAAGUUCCUCUACUCGGACGAGGUGCAGAUCGGGCCCGAGACGGUCAUGACCACGCUGUACACGGCCAAGAAGUACGCGGUGCCCGCGCUGGAGGCGCACUGCGUGGAGUUCCUCAAGAAGAACCUCCGCGCCGACAACGCCUUCAUGCUGCUCACGCAGGCACGACUCUUCGACGAGCCGCAGCUGGCCAGCCUGUGCCUGGAGAACAUCGACAAGAACACGGCAGACGCCAUCACUGCUGAGGGCUUCACGGACAUCGACCUGGACACGCUGGUGGCCGUGCUGGAGCGGGACACGCUGGGCAUCCGUGAGGUGCGGCUGUUCAACGCCGUCGUCCGCUGGUCUGAGGCCGAGUGCCAACGGCAGCAGCUGCAGGUGACGCCGGAGAACAAGCGGAAGGUUCUGGGCAAGGCCCUCACCCUCAUCCGAUUCCCACUGAUGACCAUUGAGGAGUUUGCUGCAGGCCCCGCCCAGUCAGGCAUCCUUGUGGACCGGGAGGUGGUCAGCCUCUUCCUGCAUUUCACCGUCAACCCCAAGCCGCGCGUGGACUUCAUCGACCGGCCGCGCUGCUGCCUGCGCGGGAAGGAGUGCUGCAUCAACCGCUUCCAGCAGGUGGAGAGCCGCUGGGGCUACAGCGGGACCAGUGACCGCAUCAGGUUCUCUGUUAACAAGCGCAUCUUCGUGGUUGGCUUCGGGCUCUACGGCUCCAUCCACGGGCCCACGGAUUACCAAGUGAACAUCCAGAUCAUUCACACGGACAGCAACACCGUCCUGGGCCAGAACGACACGGGCUUCAGCUGCGACGGCUCCGCCAGCACCUUCCGGGUCAUGUUCAAGGAGCCGGUGGAGGUGCUGCCCAACGUCAACUACACAGCGUGCGCCACGCUCAAGGGCCCAGACUCCCACUACGGCACCAAAGGCCUGCGCAAGGUCACCCACGAGUCGCCCACAACGGGGGCCAAGACGUGCUUCACCUUCUGCUACGCGGCCGGGAACAACAACGGCACGUCGGUGGAGGACGGGCAGAUCCCGGAGGUCAUCUUCUACACCUAGGCCGCCCCCGCCCGCCCCAGCCGCGGUUCUGGGUGUCGGCCGAGGGCCUGAGCUCCUCGCGGCGGCGGUGGGGGUGAGACAAUCCCUCAGGACUGGGGCUAGGGCGGGCCUGACCCGGCCCGAGCUGAGGGUCUGCUUGGUCCAAGGUGUGGGGCUCCCACCCGCCACCGUCCCCGCGGCUCAGGCCGCCCGGCUGCCCGGCCAUAGGGUCUGUGUCGAUUCUGUCUCGUUCGUCUCGUCAACUGCACACGGCAAUGCAUCUGGUUCCCAUUUCUCCGGCAGGAGGCGGCGGGGCCUGUGUUCUCUUGUCCCGUCCACUGGGAGUGCCCAGGCCUGCCACACGCCGAGGCCUCACGACCUCAGCCCUCAGGGCCCUGGUUGGAGUCCCGGGGAGCGGGGUGGAGGAGGGGGCCGAGGCCCACUGGGGGCGCUGUUGGUCCAGUGAAGGGCAAUCCCCUGGCCUCUCUGGACAGGCCUGUUCCAGCCCUUGCAGCCAAGGGCACGGCCUCAGGCCUGGUCCGGCAUGCUAUGGGCCGGCCACAGUGGCCAGUCCCCGCCGCACCCCCUGUACAUACUGUAACCCACUUCCCUGCCCCCAAGCACUGUCCAGAGAUGCUGAAGGGUACACAGCCCCUCCCCCGCCCGGCACUGUCCCGCCCCACCCAUGUUUCUGCCCCGGUGAUUCCUUCUGGAACCUGUGCCCUCCCUGAAGCCAUGGAAGGUGUGCCCUCCUCACACCACACCCCAAAAUGAUUUUUUUAAAUAAAGGAAAGAAAUUCACCAGCCCUGACCCAUGUGUUUCUCCCUC